AUGCCUUCCCCUGGGGAGGGGGCCCGACGCCCGCGCGCCGCCCGGCAGCCCCGCGGCGGCGAGCGCCGGGCGGCCAGUCCAGCGCCCGCGCGGGGCCGGCGGCUGCAGCCCGCUGGGCGAGCCGGGGGCGGGGGAGCCGCGGGAGCCGCGCGCCGCGAGCGCCUCCUUACCUUGCAUGUUUUCCGGCAUCUGCCCCUGGUCCCCAUGCGACCGAGCCAGUCCCAGGGCUUCCGUCUCCACUUUGGGCAGCAUGACAAGGCGGCCGCGCGCGGGCGCGCUGCUCCCCAGCCGCCCCCGAACCGCGAGGAGGAAGCGGCGGGCACCGAGCGAAGACCGCGUCCGGGCGCGGGGGCCCGGCUCGGCGAGGGCGCAGCUGCCGGGGGCGCGGGGGCGCGUCCGGCCGAGCUCCCGGCGCGCAGCGGAGGCGGCGGCCGAGCUGCUGCUGCCGCCGCGGCUCCCGGACGGCUCGGCUCGGCGACCCGCACCCCGCCCUCCGCUCGGGAUCCGCAGGGUCUCCCGCUCGCGCGCUCUCUGGCCUCAGUCUCGUCUCCUCUCCGCCCCUCGCCCGUGUCUGCCUCCCUCCCGCUCACUCUCUGGCGUGGAGUUGGAAGUUCCAACCUCCCUCCGCCGCCUCGUCCACUCCCGUCCGGGAGAGGUCCUCUGCAGCCCCGGGGCAGCGAGACUGGGGGUGGGGGAGAGGGAGGGGAGGAGGACCGGGUCGGGGAGGCCGGGAUGAGGGGUGAGGACAGGGGAUGGGGACGCGGGUUCCGGACUCGGGUCGGACCCCAGGCGCCAGCCAAUGAGGAAGAGGCGCAGGCUUCCCGGCCCCUCGCUGCCCCAACCUCUUCACCCCGCCUCGCCCCCUCCCACCCCGCCCGGCCCGGGGCGGGGGAUGUGCGCGCGGCGGGUCUUAGAGCGGCUGAGAGGCGACCUCUGUCUGAGCGAGGAGAAGCUGGUUGGAGGUGUCGGCGCGAAGAGGGGAAGCCCGCGGGGGUGCGCCCACUGUGCGCGCCGGGUGAGGGGCUGCAGGGGGAGUUGAACGCGUUUCAACAAGCCAGGAGAGAAAAGAAGAGCUGGCCUGCGCUCGAGGGUCUCCGGGCCCCAUUCCCCUCGGCACUGAGUCUGCAGUCGCCCCCCCACCCCCCACGAGGGGCCCAGCGGCGCGGUCCACCUGCUCUGGAGGGAACAGCCGCGUCGCCGAGAGCCUGGCAUGAACCACCUGGCAUGCAUUUGUCUCCUCACAAACGGGAGCGGCGACAGUGUCAGAAAGGGGGCCCGGGUCAGGGCUUCUUAAAGUCGGCUCUUAAAAGAAUGCGCAGGCGUGUAACAGCAGAAAGGUUUCGCCUCGCUUUGAAGCUCGUGUCCAGGCUGACGGCUCGGCCCGGUCAGCUGCGAGCCCAGCGGGCACCGAACGCGAAGGAGGCCUUAGACCCGGAGAAAACCUCCCUUCCCGAGAACCCCCGGCCCCGAGGGCUCGUUCCAGGAACCGGGCCGGAGAGGGGUGUCCCGAGGGCCAGAGCUAUGCCGAUCCCUCCGGGGGACGUGGAACCCCCGCCUUUGGUGGACAAGGCGGGAAACCUCCCGCAGGAGAAAGCCGAGGGCACGGUCAUCUUUCCCCGGGGCGCUCCGCGUGGGGUCUGGGCAGCAGGCGCGGAGGGAGGGGCGGCAGGCCGGCUCCAUCCCGGCUCCGGGCGCACCCUUCCGCUUCGCGCACUCCCUCCGGUCCUGGCCCGUUCAAUUCUGCGGGGCAGGGGGCCCCCUCCGGAGCCGGGGACCCGCUCGCCCUGUGACCUGGGAUGGGCCUGGGCGUCUCCCCGAACACCCUGGAGGAAGCAGAGCGCCGGGAGGAGGCGCCCAGCCCGCCCGCGGUGCCGAGGUUACCUGGGGAUGGUUCCAGGUGGCAGCGGCCGAAGCGCGAGGCGGGGGUACGGGGGCCGCGCGGACGCCUGGAAGGGCGGGGAGGUGGGGCUGAGGGGCAGGGCCUGGGUGGUCUACUCGUCCAGGCCCGGAGGGUCCGCGCUUUCGGAAGUAUACACCCACCGCCUUGGAAUCACAAAGCCCGGUCCGGCGGGCCGACGCCUCCCACCCUCGGCGCGGGAUGUCUCUCCCGCGGCCUCCCGGUAG